UUAUAAAGAUGAGCAGUGGACAAGAGUGACUGCUCUGAAGAAGCAACAUGGAGCUCAGGUCACUGAAACAAGCAAGUCUGACUUUGUUAAUCGUUGUCGCCAGCAGCUAUGGACAACCAGCUGUAAAUCAUCAAACUGUUCCAGGUGCCAGUCUGAAAAUGGACCAGGCUUUGUUAGCGUUUCAUAACGAGCUGACAGAAGAAGUGCAGGUUUUCUACACAUCAGAUUAUUGCUACAAGUGUUUAUACCAACAUUUAGUCACAGUGAAGCCCAACAACUGUAAUGCAUCUGUGGUGAUCAGCACUAAAUUCACUCUGACCGUGCAAGUGGAAUCACAGACGAGGAAUGAAAGUCUUUGCAGGUGGAGUCAGACGUACGGAGAAGGAGGUCAUUACUUUGUGUGCAUCCAUAGGUCAGAAGACACCAGUAAACCCAACUGCAUUCACACCGUGACUCAAAGAGCGAGCAAUGCACACCUGCCUCUCCUGGUCUCAGCUCUCUUACUGGCCAUAAUCACACUGUUGUUCAAUGUGGCACUGUACAUCUACAGGAGGCGUUGUACAUCAAACUUUAUUAAGACCAUUUGCUGCCAAAGUCCUCAGCACUCAGUGGAUAAUGCCGAGUCUCAUGCUGGUGAAGCUGACCAAGAAACGACAAACGUUAAACCAACACGUCUGCGCUCACUGGACACUUUUAGAGGGUUUUCCCUCACAGUGAUGGUGUUUGUGAACUAUGGUGGAGGAGGCUACUGGUUCUUCCAACAUGCACCAUGGAACGGUUUAACUGUAGCAGACCUUGUCAUGCCAUGGUUUGUGUUUAUCAUCGGGACUUCAGUGGUCUUAGCGUUCAGAUCCAUGCAGAGGAAAGGUGUGACUCACCUCCAGCUGUUACGCAAAAUCACCUGGAGAACAAUCGUCCUGCUGCUGCUCGGCUUCUGCUUCCUCAACUACUCUCCAAGAGAUGGACCAUUGUCCUGGUCCUGGCUGCGGAUCCCUGGGGUGCUGCAGCGUCUGGCCUUCACCUACUUUGUUCUGUCUCUCCUGCAGACUUUGUGGAGACAGAGAGAAAUCCCACUGACAUCAACUCACUGGUGGAGUCAAGUCCAGGAUUUGGUCGUGUAUUGGCCCCAGUGGCUGAUUAUCAUCCUGCUGGAGACUCUGUGGCUGUGCAUCACUUUCCUGAUGCCUGUACCCAACUGCCCCACAGGAUAUUUGGGAGCUGGUGGAAUUGGUGAUAAUGGUCUUUACCCGAACUGCACUGGAGGCGCAGCAGGAUACAUUGAUAGAGUCAUGUUUGGUGAUAACAUGUAUAGAUACCCUACAUGCAAAGAAAUGUAUCAGACGACGCAGCCCUUUGACCCAGAGGGCAUUCUGGGUACAAUCAAUUCCAUUGUCAUGGGAUUCCUCGGGAUGCAGGCCGGGAAAAUUAUCAUUUUCUAUAAGGGAAGAAAUGUCCAUAUCCUCUGUCGCUUCCUCGUGUGGGCUGUCCUCCUGGGAAUCUCUGCAGCCAUCCUUUCUAAGUGCACGCGAGACGGAGGAUUUAUACCUGUCAAUAAAAACCUUUGGUCGUUGUCCUAUGUGACAUGUAUGGGCUGUUUCUCCUUCCUGCUGCUGGGAGCCAUGUUCUUUGUCAUUGACAUCAAGGGCUGGUGGGGUGGACAGCCAUUCAUAUACCCAGGGAUGAACUCCAUUUUUGUCUAUGUCGGCCACUCUCUCCUCGGUUUCUACUUCCCGUUCAGCUGGGAGAUGCACUUCCAGCAGAGUCAUUGGGAGUGGCUCUUCCAGAGCCUGUGGGGAACCUCACUGUGGCUGCUCGUUGCCUUCUUCUUAUACAGGAAGAAGUUUUUCCUUAAAAUAUGAACAGGAUAAUAGAUAAAUAAUCACCUGGCCCCGUGCCACUGGGAGCAUUUCAUGGGUUUUUCAAAAUAAAAAGUCAAAACAAGCAACAAUCUUAGUGAGGUAUACUGUAUGUUGUUAUAACAUCUGCUUUUGACUUAAAGGAAUAGUUGCCUUUAGUGUUGACCAUGCUGCCUGUUUAGAGAAGGAGACUGGAGAACCAGAAUACAAUACACACAUUGUCUUGAUGUGAAAGGGGACAGCAAAGAAAAUGAGUUCUAGCCUGGUAAAAAUCAAAUAUUAUUCGGUUGGUUUGCUAUAUUUGAAAUACUUUUGAAAGUACAACUGCAUCAUAAUACACUGUUGCCCUUGUGUUUUACCUCUGAAAACCUCCUUCUCCAGACAGGCAACACACUGAUUGUACAAGUACCUCAUACACCCCAACUUAAAAAAAAGAAGACCUGAACUAUCCAUUUUAUCACUUUUUUAAAUCAGCCCUUAAACUGUAGCACAGUGCAAAGUUAUGUAGCCUCUUCAAUCAUCAGCCAGGUUCCAAAUAAGAACCAGUGAAACAACAUCUCCCUGUCACUGUGGGCAGCUGAGGUUUCAUUUAAUGCUACUUGUUUUAUACUGAAGACACUGAUUAAUUCAAAUAUACUGAGGUGGUACUUAACAAAUUAGACAGAGUGAUUCCACGACACACCAGGCCAGCCAUUAUUAGUCUGUUGCCAUGGUCACUUCUCCUGUGUGUGUGUGUGUGUGUGUGUGUUAAGGGGGUACCAUCUGCUGUUGAAGUGACAGUACUUUAGCAGGGGUCAAGAUGCACAAAUCACAAAGGAGGGUCAUUAAUGGGACUAAAAACUCUCACACUCAUUGUAUUAGAAAAUCAGGGAAAUUUACAUGCGUCCAAUUGAUUAGAAGACGAGCCCUCACACACACACACACAGAGCCAAACACAUGUAUGUGUUAUUUUUUAAUGAUUUGAUGCACAAAGCAGCUCUAAUGAUAGCGAAACUGACUUCACCUCCAGACUCAAAGUAACAUCUCAUGGCUGACAGUCUGGAUGAGAAUAAAAUCUAUAUGGCAGUGUAGAAGUGGGCCCUCAGCUACAGGUCAGGUGGUGUGUACAUCAUGAAAUGACCAUCUAGCUAAUGAAAUGACGCAGCCUCGUGCUUCUCUUCCACAGUGAAAUCAAAUUACAUGCCCCUCAGAAGCUGUCAGAACGUUGCGUAAUAUGGCAGUGUGGUAUCGGUAACAGUGAACAGAGGAUGUUUUUGGAAUCCCACCAGGUGCAUCCUUCCGUCUUGAACAGGACUCAGGUCCAUUACCGCUCUCCAAAACUACUCGUACCGGCAAAGGAAACAUAAAUGCUUCUCUGUGUGUUGAAAACAAAAUCGAUACAGAUUCACCAAGGAGGUCUAAAGAUAUCUUUUGUUGUAUUUGUAUGCAAUUAUGAAGUUUAGUUUUUUUUACUUGGAUAUACACAUUUAGCUGACUCAUGAUGAGCACAUAGCUGAUGAAGAUCAUCAAGGUCAAAAUAAGAGCGUCUAGACUGUGGAGGUGAUACAUAUUUUGCUUACAUUUCAGAUUGAAUUUCUGCUAAUGUCAUCCUGCAGUGCUGUAAACAUUCAUGUCGCUCUAUAACGUUGUCAGAAAGAGCCCAUAAGACGCCGCCGUGGUCCCACACAUUACACUUCCUUGCAUUUAUUGAUUCUUGCUGAGCAUACAGUAUGUCUCAGGAUACCUAUAGUCUGUCAUAUGGAAACUUUAUACCAGAUACAAUGUUCUCAUGCAAACCACUCGGCUUCUUAUAUUCACAAAAUGAUCCCCACGUUCUCCCUUGAUACCGCAAUCAGCAUUACAUUAAGCCCACUCCAUGGAGAAGGAGAACAUUUGAGCACAGAAUCUGCUCGUCAGAUCGUUUCUUCAAAAAUGCAUAAAAUACAUGUUUUACAAAUAGAUACAACAUAUUGUAUCUUGAGGCAAAUGCCUUCUCUUGGAUAAUAAUUUCAAACAACAACUCCAUUUGAAAUGGAUACAUGGUUUUAUGUGGAAACAUACUGAGCACAGCUGGCAGAUAAAUCUGUUUUCAGUAUAAUGUUGUAUCGGAUAUUAAUCAUGAAUGUAGUGGCACAGAAUUUAAGAGAUAUUUAUAAAACCAAAGGAAAAGAUAUGGUUCACAAAGAUAGACGUGUAUGCACUGUUGGAAACAAGUUGCUGGAUCUCGGGAUUGUAAAACCUGAUACUGUAAUUCUACUCAAACUUUUUGAGGAAACUGAUUGCCUUGCAUCUCUUAACUUUAUGAAGUCAAACAAUUUGAACAUGAUAAAUGGUUGGUUAAAGAUUUACAAUUUUACUACCUUCAUGGGAGCUCAAACCCUCUUUAUAGGAGCCCAGCUCCCAUUGGCUCCCAUGAACCCAGCUGUCUGGACAAGUAAUGCAACGUUAAAGGGAAGAUUACCUCUAACAAACACAAUUCACUUGAUGCUGGGUCACUGGAAUCCUGCUCUCAUGUGCAGUGUAAUGUAAUGUAGAUUUCCUCUAACUGUCUUUGUUACUCGUUAUUACCAAAUAAAA